UGGUUGCUGUGAGAAUGAUCCCACUGGUGACUCUGUGAUGUACUUUGAACCUGGAGACAGGAUGUGCCUUGCUACUGUGUUAACUUGUAGUCAGCAGCCCUGAGAUGUGUGUGAUGGAACAGAGAAGAAACACUGCUUUGGGCUUCCCUGGGAGCUCUCACAGGGGCUCCUCUGUGUCAACAGAGGAGAUGAGUUGUCUGGAGCAAAAAAUGUACCCUUGCCCUUGGUGUCUCUCUGACAUGGAGGAAGACAGGGAGGGAGCUGGGGGAGUGUAGACACUAGAGUCCUGUACAAGAAUCUUCUACUUCCUUAGGAGAAAGUGGGACUGACAGCUGAACAGUUUUCUUGGGGAGGAGGUCAGGGACAAAGGCAAGCUCCCAGGAGAGCCUUAGGAUUGGGUUUUCUGUAUGUAUCUAGCUGGGAAGGGAGGGCAAAUGUCAGUGAAGCUGCCUCUCCUCUUCAGGGAGAAAUGUUCACUGGUACCUUAGACUGCACUAACAAGGGACUUUUAAUUUGUUUCCCUAGGGAUGUUACCUGUGGUUUUGUCAUUAAGAUCCUUGUCAUCAUUUUUUACAGGUUUCACGUAAACUGUUUACAAGUCAUGCUUUUGCAUGUCCUGUACCUAAGCUGAUAAAGCAUCUAUGCACUUUAAUCUCAAGUCUGUGCCACUCUGCUAGUAGUGUGAGCUGUGCCUUGAACCUUGGAUAUAAAGACUUACCAGCCAAAGUCUUGUUCCUGCCUUAGUAAUGUUCCAGAGGUUAAAUAACAUGCUCAUGGGAGAGAUUGAUAGCUUGUCCAGCCAAAAGCCAGAGUUCAGUGAGAAAGAAGAUGACGAAUGGAUUCUGGUUGACUUUAUAGCAGACACUUGCACUAAUUGCUCCGUGGAGGAAGCAGACAUCGUUGAAGCAUCGGCCACGGACAGCUCGCCUGUCUUCUCCUGCUUAUCCUCUCCCCUGGAACACUUGCCGGAGGCCAGCGAGUCUUGCUUCAUCCAGUUUGAGUCAUGUCCCAUGGAGGAGAGCUGGUUUAUUACCCCUCCCCCAUGUUUUACUGCAGGUGGAUUAACCACUAUCAAAGUGGAGACCAGUCCGAUGGAGAACCUCUUAAUAGAGCAUCCCAGCAUGUCUGUGUAUGCUGUCCACAACACCUGCCACAGCCUUAAUGAGACUGGAUGUGGGGAUGAGGAGUUUCACAGCCCAGGUAGUCCCAGACUGGAGGCCCGAAAUGAAACAGGACAGCGUGUUCACUGCUAUGUCACGGCUCUUGCUACUAGUUCAACUUUUCUGGAAAAAAACAAGAGCUUUCGUCCUACCCACUGGAUAAAAGAACAUAAUGAAAGACACUAUCUCAACAGAAACAGUCUCCGUCGCCAGAACCUCAGCCGGGAUUGCCACUCUCGGCAAAUCAAGCACAACGGACUGUUUGUUCACCAGCCUUGCCAGCGUCAGUUCAAUUACUGAUGCUCCUCGUGGUUUUAGUCUAUGGUCUAAUUGUUUCUUAGGUUGCUCUAGUUUUCAUGUGUAGGUGAGUGUGGUCAAUCUGAAGCUGAUCGUCAAUCCCUCGAAUACAAUCGUAACUAGUGUUGCAUUAUUUUCAAAAGACACAUAAAUCUCCAAACAUCUUGCAUCAAGUUCUAAAUGUUGAUGUUAAAUAUCAAUGUCUUGGAAGCCUAUCAGUACGAUAGUUUGUGUGCUGUUUUAUAAACUAUGAUGUAUAGAUGGGUUCUUAGUUGGUAUUUUAAAGACUCUUAACUGAGAUGGAAAUCAGUUACAUUUUACAUUAAUCAAAAUGGAUUUAGAAAAUUUGAGGUUAGCCAUGUGCUUUAAUGACCAGUACUUGACAGCUUGUGUAUCUGUCUGUAUUCAGCAUAUAUGAUUAUUUUCUAACAAGGAAAUCCUAUAGCUGCCAGUGGAUAUUACAUAGCUGCGUUGAGCUGUUUCAAGAAGGACAUCUCAUCUAAAUUCCUAGAACUUGUGUUAGUGGGGUCUGUGUAGAUGAGCUGGGUACUUAGUAUGGAUAUUGAAUGAGUUAAAUGUCCCACCAAUAUUGUUGCAGUACAAUAUAGCACUGGUGUUACAAAUGUAGUACCUUACAGUGGAGUGGGAAGAAAAGAACCUUUGCCUAAUGUGCAGAUGCACAACACAGAGAACUGAACUGGGUUUUACUAGGUAAAGUUUGAGUUUCUCUAACUAUUUCUGUCUUUGAAGCAUGUAUUUCCCCUACCCUAUCUCAUUUAAUCAUUAGUCUAGUUAAAGGAAAAAGAUGGUGGAUUGACUGCUCUUUUAAUCCUAUCAGUAGCUGACUGCUUUUCAAAGAAGUCAGGCUGAUGGACAGCUAUUUGAGCUACAAAUUGCUUUUAGAUUGUCUCAUAUUUACAGAUUGAAAGUAGCUCAGAAGUAUCUAGAAGGAAGCUUUUAUUUGAAGUUCUCCUAAUUUUCUCUCUUUCUCUAUGAAAAAGAAGUCCAGGUUAAUGGGGACUGGAAAGGAAGGGCAGUGUGAGGCAGGGAGAAGUGGAUGCUGAGCUAAACACAGCAAUAACAGUGUAUAAAAAUUGGUUGAUCAGCCAUGGUUGUUCUCCUAGCCCACUGGAGGCAGGAGGACUGGGUAGCAAUUCUAUGGACCAACAGGAAAGAAAAGCCAUUCAAAACUAUCAAGUAGUUUUCUUAAGAACACUGUGCAAGAUGUUCUGGAAGUUGGCAGGCACUGCCAACUACAAUUACAGGUAAAGUUCACCUGUUAACAAAAGCUGUGUUACACAGCAGCCAGUGGUAUGCUGAACCCUGAUAGAUCAAUGGGGGAAGCAGAUUAAAUGUAUAUGGAAGUAAGGAAGCAGAAAUCUGCACUGAAAGAAGGGAGGGGAGUAAAAGUAAGUUUAUCUUCCUUUUUGCCAGUGUUUAAUGUGACUUGCUGUUUUCCCUUGUGUUUAGUGCCUAGGGCAAUACAGUGUUGACAUUACACUCAGCUGUGUCUUCCAGUAGUCCUUACACAGAAGAUGGUAUAAGGAGUCAUGUGAGGAGUCUUUGAAAUAAGGCAAGAUCAAUAAUGUGAAUUGUUCCAGACCUAUGAAGUAUUUUAAACUCAGCCAGAUGCUUCAAUUUCACUGAAGCAAAACCCCAACAAUUCAGAUUGAUCUUGAUGUAGUGGUACUGUUGAAUGUUCUGCAGCUGGAAUUGUUGUGGAACUUACUUAGCAUACAGGGAACAGCAUUUAUAACUUGUUUCACUGCAGAUGUGCUGCUUCACUGCAAUUAACGUCACCAAGGGAUGUUGAAAAUAGUUAAAUGUACAAAAGCAAGAGGUGCUUUCCUGGAUGCACUAGUUGUUUUUUUGGUUUUUUGGUUUUUUUUUUUAGGGGGGUGGUUGACAAAUUGAAUUCACAUUGUCACUGAAGGAAAACAAAAUUGGUCACUUCAUGAGUUUCCAAAAGAGAUAUUUUAUUACUGCUGUUUUAGCAGUAUGUGCCCAUGUCCAUGCAACAAUUCUCAUGUGGUCCAAAUACUUUGGUUUAUCUGCAAAUAGCUGUAGUUUCACCAGUCUCUUAUCUGUUCACAAGUACUCUUACUUGCCUCAGAUUAUCUACCUUUAUCACUCCAACUUUUUGUCUAGCUUAAACUUCCUUAUCCUUGCUGCCAACUUUCUAGCUCAGGAAAAUUCUUUGCUUUCCUGUAUUACUUUUCUUUAUAUAAAAGUAACUAUUUUCCUUCAGCUUUAAUUUUCUUAAAGUGCAAUGAAGGAAGAUGGAGUCUCCACCUCCCUGUGUUGGAAGGAGUAAGUAAUCCCUUAACUCCUAAUGGGGAGAUGGAGCUGAGAGCAUAAGGCUCCCAGGCAUUGAAAUGAGAGCCUUCGUCUGUUCUUCUCAGUAGGCAAGUAAAUGCAACUUUAGACUGCUCCUAGAAUUGGGAGAUACUGAUCUUUUUAUACUACAUUACUAGAUGACUUUCUGGUGAUGAAAACCUAUAUCUUUCAGGAUAUAAACUAUUUUGUUGCACAAAGCUGUGCUUCUCAAUUUGUAAUAUUGGAAACCAUAUUAUUGUGUGAGAUAGUACUGCAUCAAUGGCUUUUUGUUAAUUUGUUUUACAUAUUUAUGUUGGUCUAGCCCUGUUUUGUGCCUGGAGCUAUUGGGCAAUUAGAUUUGUUUUGGUUUUCUGUUUUAAUAGUGAGCUGUGUGGCUUUUUAUAUGGUUUUUUGAAUUGUAUUAAAGUGUGUGUUUUUUCUUGUAAAAGUGGAGGCCUUGCACUGUCUCAUACUGAUUGAUAUUCAUGAAUCUUGCAGAAAUUGUAUUUUCAUAUGUAUUGGUCAAUGGACAGAUUUGCAUUUUAAACUGUGCCUUCUACACAGCAAACUUGAAGAUUCAAAAGGGACAUUUCAGUUGGGAUUAAUACUGUACAUCAGUCUAUGCAUAUAUGGCAGCUUUUCUCCAGAGCCACUUCUCUAUUUGUAGCAGUCCUUUUGAUAUGGAAGAAUCUGUGGCUCUUAUUUUUAAUAGCUUAACACAAGCUGAAAACAGACAAAAUACAGCACUUUGCCAAAAAAAGUAGCAUUGCUUAACCAGUGUGUAUUUACUAAAGUGAUCUUCUGUAUUUUGUUUUCAUAGUGCAUUCUGCACACUGUGGGGAAGCAUGAUCUUAACUCUCAAUAAAAAAUGGCCUAUUAAAAAUUGUCAGUCUGUUCUUUAAUGUUACAGGUUAGUGAAAG